GCAAAUGAAUUAUUUGCAUUAUUUUUCUUACAAUAAUAUCAUACGCCAUCCCAUUUUUGAAGGAAUUUCAAUUCCGUAUAUCAAACGGACCCUAGACAUUGCGUCACUCUCUUUUACAAAAGGUCUCUGUUCUUAAGCUCAACAAAACCUUCGGCACCAAGUAACCACACAGAGAGAGAGAGGGAAGAAAGUUGGGCAAUGCAGAGCCGUACGGAGGGGCUUGUGGGUGCACCACUUGGUGGUGGCCCAAGCGAGCAGUGCUCGACGGCGUCGCUUUUGGUGGGUAGGCUAGCGGGGUUACUCGCCAUGCACAUUCGGUCCGGUCAUCUCAGUGAUCCCUCUGUGUUCUCCGAUCUUUGCUUCUCUCUGGCCAAAGGCAUUGAUUAUGCAGUUGCGACUAACGAGGUUCCACCAAAAGCACAAGAUUUGCCUAUAUUGGUUAAGCAGGUAUAUAAGCAUCAGGAUAAUUCUUCCCUUCAAGCAGCUGUAAUGGCACUUAUGAUUUCUGUCAAGAAUGCUUGUAUGAUUGGAUGGUUUCAAAACAAAGAUGCAGGUGAUCUUCUUGCAUUGGCUAAGGAGAUAGGUAAAACUUUCAGUAAUACCGAGGAUAUUUGCAUCGAACCAAGCUAUGCUCUCCCCAGUAUUUCUAAAAUCAUGUCCAGAUUCUAUCCAUGCAUAAAGAUGGGCCACAUACUAGCUUCACUUGAGGUCAAGGCUGGGUACAGGACCGUUGUCUCUGACUUCCAUAUCUUGAAGAAUAUGGUGGUUCCUAUGCCAAAACAGAUAGGUCUGUUUGUUGCUCAAAGGGAUAAUAUGGACACAUCCUCUUGCAUUGUGACUCCACCUCAAGCAAACUUUCUAUUCAAUGGGAAAGGUGUACAAGGAAGGAAUAAUGUUUCCAUGGACACUGGACCACAGCUGCCAACAAAUAUUACUGCAAUGCUCAAAUAUGGAAUCAAUCUUUUUCAAGCUGUGGGGCAGUUUAACGGUAAUUAUCUCAUUGUUAUCGCUUUCAUGAGCAUGAUGUCAUCAACUUCUGAAACUCCAGCACUACAAGAUUAUGUUCAGCCUGUUGUUGCUUCCCUUGAUUCUAAUUCUGAGAUAAUCGAGGGGCCAUCACGUGUUUCAUUAAAUUGCCCAAUAAGCCACAAACGUAUUAAAACUCCCGUAAAAGGACAUCUCUGCAAGCAUUAUCAGUGCUUUGAUUAUGAGAACUUCAUUGAAAUGAACUCAAGAAGGCCAUCAUGGCGUUGCCCUCUUUGUAACCAGUCCAUCUGCCACCUAGACAUACGCAUUGAUCAGGAUAUGGCCAAGAUCUUGGGAGAGGUUGCAGAGACUGUUGUUGAUGUGAUAAUCUCAGCAGAUGGAUCCUGGGUGGCUGUCUUGGAAAAUGAAGAUCAGACUGACCAAACAGGUCAUGAGACAAAAAGUUGUCAGCAAGAAAGACCUCAGCAGUGUAAGUGCGAUGCGUCGUCAAGUGUGCCAGCUGAAGUUGUUGAUCUUACCAUGAAAGGGGCCAACGCUAGUGAUGCCAUGUGUGUAUCUGAAUGUACUGGCAAGCAACAUUUCCUGGAUGAUCCUCCAUGUUUUUCUGUUUCAAGAAAUCUUGUGCAAACAGAAGUCAGGAAUUCGGAUAGAGUGGACCAAAAUCUUUCUACUCAAAGAGAGGAAAAUAUCUGCUCAAGAAUUCCCUCGUCUGUUUCUGCUGCCCCACAAUGUCCAAUGGAUGGCACUUCUCUUUGGGGUGGCCAUGUAACUGCUGGCAUUUCCAAUUUUUCUUCUUGCAAUUCAAUACUUUCCCCUGUCCUAACAAAUGCUGCUUCUCCUGUUCUGAAUGAAUCAGUGUAUGUAAAUGGAACUGUCCCACUCUCAUUACUGCAAAGCCAACUUUUAGGUCCCACUUACUUGCAAUCACAGCAGUUUGGCUUUGGAAGAUCGAAUACAAGAAAUGAAAAUGGGAUGUUGCCAUCUGUAGCUAUUAAUGCCGGCCGAACUUCAACUCUGCCCCAGGCUUCAGUUAGCAGUUCAUUUGAACAAAGGGCUUUGAAUUCAUUGAUGCUCAACAGUACCUCUUCUGCUAAUUAUCAAAGCACGCCUUUUAUGGUAUCCCAUAUGAAUGGAUGUCAUGCAUUUCAUGGGGGCAUGGAUAGGGGUCAGCAAUUACUCAGGCCACUUGCGAGUUCUUCAUCGUUAUCAGAUAUGGCUUUACCUUCCAUGCGAGAUCAUUCAUUGACACAGAACUGGGAUGUUAACAAGCACCAUUGCAUUUCUGGUCAAGCAGUCCAACAGGCUGCUAGCUUUCCUGCCCAAGGUCUAGGUGCUUACCACAUCUCCUCAAGAUCCUCCUCUGCGCAUAAAAAUCUAUUGCAAUCUAGGGCUCCUCACCCGAGGAUAACUUCUGCUAUGACUCAGCCUCAGAAUAUUGUCCAUCCAUCUUUUCAUGCACAACCAGUGCAAUUUCAGCAAGGAGAUGGUAGUGGUAAUGGCAUGGUUAAUGUUGAUAUCACUCAAAUUCAUCACGGGACUGCUUCUCAUCCAAUGGCCCAGAUGUCAAGAACACCAUCAUUUGUGCCAGUUCAACUCCAACAAUCUAGAAACGACUCUUCGUUACCUCCUUCGACGGCUGGUAAGCGGCUUAGAACAACUAGUGAGUGGAGGGGGAGUGUGGGCGAGACAAUACAGCCGGUCUUGCCGGCUGAUAGCUCAAAAACGUUGGCAUCAGCACAGAACUGGCAGCCCUCAGGCAGAAUGAGGGGAAGCCUCACAGGUGAGACUUAUGCUGCUGCUUUUAACCAAUUCAUGCUUCAACCUACCCAGUCUGCUCAACUUUCCCAAACUUCAUCUAACUUGAUGUCAACCCCGCACGGUGCAUUGCAAAUGCAAGGGCUCGUCUCAAGCAGCACCAACGCUAGAAUUAAUCUUCAGGCUCAGGCACAAUAUAGUGCUGGAAGGUGCAACUAAGUUGCCGGGGAAUUGGGCUGCUUUAUGCGUUGAUUAGCUAAUUUCCCACGGUAGUUGGGGGCUCUCCUGUUGUAAUCAAAAUUUUGGUAUGCAUGUCGAGUUGUCAAGGUGCAUCAUGCAACCAUUUUGUGAAGUUAAAAGUUAUUUUGUUCUACACUUUAUACGAGUGUAUCUUGUUAAGCGGUCACAUAGAAUUGGAGGGGUAGUUCUAGUUUUAUAGUGGGUAUAUACUAUUAAAGAGAUUUUUUUUUUUUUUUACAACACAAUAUUCAAGAGAAUUUGACUGUU